AUGGCAAACAAGCCUCUGGUUCGGACCAUUUCCGCAGAUGAAGUGCGCUCCCAUGCUUCCCCCGAUGACCUAUGGAUGGUGGUUUACAACAAGGUCUACGACGUGUCCAAGUUUGCAACCUUGCACCCUGGUGGUGUGGAGGUUCUUGUAGACUGUGGAGGUGUCGAUGCCACCGAGGCGUUUGAGGACGUGGGCCAUUCACAAGAUGCAUUUGACAUGCUUCUACCAUACUUGGUGGGAGAGCUCCCGUCUAAUGAGAGAAAGAAGUAUGCACAUCUCUUAGAGACUAAGACUGAGAAGGAAAAGCCAAAACGGAAGGUUAUCAAGAAGAGCCCGAGACAGAAUGACCGUUUCCGGCGGCGGAUGUUGGUGUCUGCGCUUGUUACAUUAGCCAUCUUCUCGUUGUUAGUUGUUGUAGUACUUCAGAAGUUGCAGUGGUUGAAGUUGACAACUUAUUAG